AUUCGCGCAUGCGCUUGAGAAUUUUCUUUAGAACGGUUAGAUACAGAUCAAGCUGCUUGUGAACAACCCUUGAUCAGUUUCUAGCGGAAAACUUUUUAACUACAAAUUUAUUUGACUUAAUCGUACAGCUCACCGAUUUUUCUAACUUUCGAUCGCACAAUUUUCAUGACUAUGAAACGGCGAAAUGCCGAAUGCGGCAAACUACGUCGGCCGCUUAAGAAGAGUAAAAUAACAGAAGGUAUAUAUGGCAGCACUUUACUUUAUGUAAAAUUUCUUCUCGUUUGGUCAUUUGUACUGAUGGCCGAUUACAUAAUUCAAUUUCGAUUCGAGUAUCUUUGGCCAUUCUGGCUACUCUUGCGAAGUGUACAUGAUUCGUUCAAGUAUCAGGGGCUGGCUUUCUCCGUUCUCUUCGUUUGCAUCGCCAUCACCUCGGACGUCAUUUGCUAUCUUUUCAUACCAGUUCAGUGGCUCUUCUUUGCGGCUAGUACCUACGUUUGGAUACAGUACGUUUGGCACACAGACCGCGGACUUUGCUUAUCAACUGCCUCGUUAUGGAUCAUAUUUGUAUAUUUCGAAGCAUCCUUCCGACUUCGAGAAGUCAAUGUUCGACAUAUUCCUUUUCAUCUAGACUUAUGUCGACCCUUCGCAGCUCAUUGUAUUGGGUAUCCGGUGGUAACCCUUGGCUUUGGUUUUAAAAGUUACGUUUCUUAUAAGCUUAGACUUCGGAAGCAGAAGGAUGUACAGAAAGAGAAUGAAUUCUUUUUCGAACUCCUACAACAAGCUCUUCCCGCUGAACAACAAGCCCUAAUAGAAAAGCAAAAAGCUGCUGCUGCUGCUGCCCUCCUCACCAAUAAUAAAGAGGAAGUGAUAUCGAAUGUCACUCCUUCGACCCCUCAAACUCGCAAAGCAUUAGCAACUACUGAUGCAACUUUUAUUGAACAGAGAGAUUACUCGGAUAAGAAAAAAUCAUUAAAUGACUAUGAGGAAGAAAAUGCUGUUAACGAAGCUAAAUCUCUAAAAUCUUCUAAGACUAACAAUAAAUUAAAUUCUAAUAGUAGUUCGUCAGCUACCACACCAUCGUCAUCUAACUCAUCAGCGUAUUCAAGGGGAUCCAGUAAAGGAAAGUCACCACCCUCAAAGGAUAACAAAGACGAAUAUAUUAGUCGAUUAGAAAAUGACCAUCGUCAAUUGCGUAGCGACAUUCAACGAUUGCGUAGCAUUGAAGCAGAAUUGCGAAGUAAGUUGUUGGAAAUUUCCUCCAGCGAAAAGCAAUAUAAAGCAGAAGCGGACCAACUGAGACACGAUAAUGAUUCGUUACAAACAAGACUCCAUCAUCUUGUAACCUCUCGACAACAAGACAAAGUGACCAUAAAUGGCCUCCAAACAAAACUUUCUGAAGUUUCUAAACAAAAGCAAUCUGUAGAGGCUAAAGCAGCUCAACAGAAGUCUGAAUGCAAUAACGAUAGUUGUAGGCAAAAGAAGAAGGAACUAGAUCAGGAUCUAAAGAUUGCAAAAAAAGACUUGAAGCUCAAAGAAGAACACGUGAAACAACUAGAACAAGAUAUUCAACUGUUGCAACUAUACAAAGAGCAGCAGUCUCAAUCAGAGGACUUAGCAUCUAAAAUUAAUUCUUUAACACAGACCAACUCUAUUUUACAAGAUACUUUGCGUUCAGAGACGCGUGUAAAACUGGAUUUGUAUUCAGCAAUGGAAGGAAAACAGAGAGAGAUAAAGACUUUAAAUGAUGAUAUUAUACAAAGAAAUCGGCUUAUAUCAAAAUUAGAGUCUCGGAUGGCUGAAGUUAUGGCUUUAGCUCCAGCUGCAACACCAGUAACAUCAUCCUGGCCAUCAGCUAUUCCGGCAUCAACAUUAAAUCCCCGAGCUUCUGAUUAUAUGCCAGAAUAA